ACGACGGAAGUUCUCUCCUUUUGAGCGGGCAACUGCGAAAGUCCUUCUUCCUCCUUCCUCCUUCCUCCUCCCUACGGCCAACUCCGCGCGCCCCGCCGUCCGUACGACGAGCGGCCGCCCUCCGCCGCGUCCCCGCCCCCUCCUCCUCCGCCUCUCCGGCCGCCCUCCGCCCUCCUCGCCGGAGCACCUGGUUGGCCGCUGAUUCUUGGCGGGACGGCGAACCUGUUCUCUUUCCCUCCCUUUCUUUCUUCCGCCGCUUUGCCUCGCCGGCCGGGCCCGCCGUCCGGAACCGGGGCGGUGGCCGCGCCGCGUGAAGGGUCGCGGGGGGGCUCUCGAGCGAGCCGGUUCCCUUUGCUUCCGCUUUUCUUGAGAUGUCAAUGGGCGACGAGCGGCUUCGCUCGGCGUCUUAGCGGCUUCUCGCCGCGGCGCAUUUCCUCCUCGGCUCGAGGGGUACCCCUCUGCUCUCGCGUGCGCUGCGGGACCUUGUUUCUUGAGCGAAAUGGCAAAUCUUCGGUCUCUGUUUUCACCAAGACACAUGUUAGUGCUAUCCAUUGCACUUAAUGUGAGCUUAGUGCUCAAAAUUAUUCGACAAAGAAAGAAUAUGAGAGAGAAAGUAAGCAGAGUUUCCAUGGAGAAGCCAAAAGAUGCUCAGAUUGAUGAAGAGUCCCAAAUUGAAGCCAGUUCCAUUCAACAAAACAUGCACCCAACACCUUCACCAUUAGCUGUAAAUGGGGGCGAUGCAGAUGAUGGGAGAAAUGUGAUCAAUCUUGACCAUGGUGAUCCUACAAUGUAUGAGAAAUAUUGGCAAGAAAUGGGUGACAAAACCACGGUGGUGAUACCAGGCUGGCAGUUCACCAGUUACUUCUCAGAUGCUGGGAACCUCUGCUGGUUUUUGGAGCCUGAGCUUGCCAAGGAGAUUUCUCGGCUCCAUAAAGUGGUUGGUAAUGCAAUAACAGAGGGUCGUCACAUUGUGGUUGGAACAGGUUCUUCACAGCUGUUUCUAGCUGCUUUAUAUGCUUUCACAGAAAAUGAUGCAUCUGAACCCUUUAGUGUGGUGUCCGCAGCUCCAUAUUACUCAUCAUACCCAGCUGCAACUGACUGCCUGAAGUCAGGCCUGUAUAAAUGGGGUGGGGAUGCACGCAACUUCACCGAGACAGGCCCCUACAUUGAGCUGGUCACUUCUCCAAAUAAUCCAGAUGGCUUUGUCAGGCAAUCAGUGGUCAAUCGAAGUGGGGGAAUAUUGGUGCAUGACCUUGCUUACUACUGGCCACAAUAUACUCCUAUAACAUCAGCUGCAGAUUAUGAGCUGAUGUUGUUCACUGUCUCAAAAUCAACCGGCCAUGCUGGGAUGCGCAUUGGUUGGGCCCUUGUCAAGGAUCCAUCAAUUGCCAAGAAGAUGGUCAAAUACAUAGAGCUCAGCACCAUAGGCGUGUCCAAGGAUUCUCAGCUUCGGGCAGCAAAGGUGUUGAAAGUCGUUUCUAACAGCUGUGGAACAGCAGCCAGACCCAGAGAAAACUUCUUUGCGUAUUGCCACCUCCUCAUGGCAGAGAGGUGGAAGCUACUGAGAGAGGCAGUGAAACAAAGCGGAAUGUUCAGUCUGCCUGAAUUUGAACCGGGAUUCUGCAACUUUUUCCAGCGUCUCUUCGAGCCUCUACCAGCUUUUGCGUGGUUGAAAUGUGAAGGCAGUGUAGAAGAUUGUGAAAGCUUUCUUAAAAGCCAUAACAUCUGCACGAGGAGCGGAAGGCAUUUUGGGGUUAGCCCUUCAUAUGUCCGAGUAAGCAUGUUGGACCGUGAUAGAACUUUUGGCUGUUUCGUUAAAAGGUUAUCCCAGAUCCAUCUGUGAUGAUUAUUAGUAGGAGCAAGAUCUUUUAUACAAAUUCCAAGCCCCAGGUCUGCAAGCUAGGAUUCUUGUGCAUUUAUUCCAAUUUUAUUUAAAUCCACUCGUGCCAAGUACGAGAUGUUGGUGAUU